AUGGCCGUGGUCCUGCGCAAUCCCGAGCCCAUGAAGAUGACGCUGCGGCCGGGGGAUCGGGUGUUCUGCCUGUACAGCCCGGAGGAGAAUCUUUACCACGAGCGCCUGGUGUGCGGGCACGUGGUCGGGUCAUUCUGGGCUGUGGCGACGCCUGACGGUGGCGUCUAUGUCGAGGACCUCAGCGACGAGGAUCACGCUGAGGUCCAUCGUGGCGGAGCUCGAGGUGGGCCCCCGCCACACCUGCGCAAGAGGCUGCUCUACCGCUUCGACAUGGACUCGGUCGCGCUGGAGGCGCUGGCCGCGGAGGGGGCUCAGCUGACGGAGCGGGGGCGCGCGGAGCUUCCCGCUGCUCGCCGCCUCCGCGGGAAGCAGGCCCAGGCCCCCGCGCUCUCAGUCCCGCUGGUUGGCGGCGCGGCCACGCCCGGCGGCUCAGACGCGGAGCGCGAGGACGGCCAGACGCUGGCGCCUCCAGCGCUCCAGCCGCCGCCGCGCUCCGGCCCGGGUGGCGCGCCGCUGCUGCCAGUCUGGUUGGAUGGCGGCUGGGUCGCGCUGGAGUCGCGCUUGGGGUUCUCGCGGGGUGCGCUGGUGGAUGUGGCUCUCGCCACCGUGCGCGCCAGCGAAGGCCGCGCGCUCGCGACCUUCCCCGACGGGGUCAUCGCCCUGGGUCGCGCGGGGAUGCUGGAGGAGCUGCCAAUGUCUCCGCGAGAGGGUGCCACGGCCGUGCUGGACGAGCGGAUCGUGCAGUAUCGCAGGAGCGGCACUGGUCAGCGGCGGCGGGCGUUCGCGGAGGGCGUGGCGGAGCAGCAAGAGGCCAUGGGCACCAAGGAAUGGCGCAUGGAAGGGCCUGCCACCGUCGGCUGGUUGCUUCAGGCCCACCUGGAGCAAGGCGGCGGGCCUGUCCAGCGCCGCUACUGGUGGAGACAGAUCCUGGGGUUGGCAGCUGCCGACCCCGGGGUCGACGAACACUUGUUCCUGUGUCAGCUCUUGGCUGCGGUGACCGCAGACCAGCUCAACCUCCCGGGCUGCGAGACGUUCGAGCUCGCGGCCAGGCGAUUCCAGCUCUGGGAGGAGGUCUACUCUGAGGCCCUUCGUCAAGCCGAGGUUGCGGGGACCGCUGGCGCUGCAGCCGACUCGGACGGCUGGCUGGACGAGCGCCGCAUCUUCCUGGGCAGCGCGCGGACCAAGGGCCAUGCGCUCGUGGCGCCCUCCUUGGAGAAGCACGUCGCCGAACGGAUGCAGGAGGAGAGCGCCAUCCUCCAGACGCUCCAGGCUUCGCGGAAGGGCUAUGCAGGCGCCAUGGCCGAUGGCGCAACGACGACGGAUUCGAAGGGGGCGAUGGCGCUCCCGCGGGAUGCGGCUGGGCGCGUGCGACUCAGUGACGCGCUGCCUCCGCGCCUGCAGUCUUUCCUGUCAGAUUAUCCGCAGAUGUUACGAGGGCCUGUGGCUCGCAGUUUUGCUUUGGGCGAGGCGCCACGGGUCUGUGCCAUGGGCCCAGCUUUGCACCGCCAUGGCUACCACUAUGGGGAGUGCCUUUCGGAGCUGCUCACCGCGGGCGUCAUCGAGCGCGUGAGCGAGGGCAGCAUCAUUGAGCGGGCGGGCCUCUUCUUUGCGCCGAAGAAGAACGCAUCGCUGCGCUUGAUCUUCGACACCAGGGGGUCGAACGCUCACUUUCAGGGCCCGCCGCGCGCGCCCCUGGCUAGCGGCGAGGCGCUCGCCAACCUGGAAGUAGACGCGGCGCAGGGCGUCGCGGCGCGUUUUCUCCAUCCUGAGACUCGGCGGCGGUUGGGCAUCGCGGACGUCUCUGAGACGGUGCACUUGGUGGCCAGAGUGGUUCCCAUGGGCUGGCCAUGGGCGGCGCAUCUGAUCAAGGAGGCCCACGCCCACAUCUUGAGCAGCGUCAGUCCUGAGGCGCCGUGGAUUGCCGACAAGGCGCCUACGCCUGCGCUCGGCCCCCAGCGCGCCGCGGCCACGAUGCUGCACGUAGACAACGUCGCGGUCUUUACUUCUGGCGGCGGCGACCCUGCCCUCGAGGUUGAGCACGUGUCGGCCGCGUUGGACAGGCAAGGUAUCCAGUCCUCGUUUGACAGUGAUGACGGGGGCCUCCACACCUUGCUUGGGUUCGCGCUGCACAAACCUUCGGCGACGCGGCGGCUGUCGAGGAGCAAGUUUUGGCGGCUGAAGUUUAGUCCCGAUGUUGCGCUGGCGCCCGGGCGCUUGGUCACGGGGCGCGAGCUCGAGAGGCUCAUGGGCCACAUCGCGUCCGCAGUCAUGCCAGGGCGGCCGAUGCUUCCCCUCCUUCACGCCAUCUAUGAGAUCUGCAGGCGCUCGCGUGACAAGCGGCAGCCGCUGCGGAGCUCUGUGAAGCACGAGCUUGCAUGCUUCCGAGCGCUCCUUCCUUGCGUGACCGCUUCGUUGGGCCGCACCUGGUGCGAGCGGGUCACGGCCGCCGAUGCCUCGCCGUGGGGCUUCGGCGUGGUGGAGCAGCCCUGGGCCGUGGGAGACGUUCGCCGUGUUGGGGGCCUCUCAGAGCACAGCCGCUUUCGAGGCGUCCUCACGGCGGAAUACGCGCCACGUGACACGCUGGUCGAGCAGCAGCUCCUGCGGGCGCCCUCUGCAGCUGUGGUGGCGGAGGGCGCCCUCGCGCGUUUUGAGGAGGUGCCCGCAGGGCGUCUGCUGGCGGAGCCUUGGGCUGUGGUGGUAGCGAGGCGAUGGCGCCGUGCGGCUGCGAUUCACAUCCUUGAGGCUGAGGGCGCGCGCUGGGCCGUGCGGCGUCUAGCUCGGAACACGCAGUUGCAUGGUCAGCGGCACCUCGUCCUGGGCGACAACCUCGGGGCGGUGUGUGCUUGUGAAAAAGGAAGAGCCGCUCACUUUGCCCGGAACAGCGUUUGCCGUGAAGUGUUUGCCAUAUCGCUUGCCACUGGGGCCCAGUUCAGGUUUCGGUGGAUACCCUGGGAGCUCAAUCCUGGAGAUGCUCCCUCACGAAGGUUUAUACCAAUAUCUCAGGCUCGCCACGAGAAGACCCCUCGCCGCGACGUUCUCGGGAAGGGCCCCUCUUCCGUAGACAUCGGCUCGAACGACGACAUCAAUGCGGGCUCGGACUUCGUGGGCGGGCGCGAGCCGCUCGGCCCUUCGGGCUCCCGCCUGGGCUGGACAUCCCGAGCGCCAGUGAUCGCAGGGCCCUCCAGACCCAACGAGCAGUGGGCACAGCUGUGUCCGCAACUCUCGCGGCUGGCAGCUACCAGAGCGCGCCCGGCCAAGGAGCGCACCUACCUGCGGGCGCCCACCUCCAUCUUGGGCUCCCUCAGGCUGAAGGCGCUGCCGCAGUGGGCGCCCCCGCAGUGGGGCAGCGUGCUGGUCGACUACGCGGAGAGGGCCUUCGACCGCGGCAUGGAGACAGAGGCGGCUCUUCCCCUUGGCGCGCUUGUCGCGGGCAAGCUGGGCGCGCUUACAGCCUGGGCAUUCCCGACCGCCGCUGCCACGGGCGCUGGCGCUGGCGUUGGAUCGCUACUUCGGGGGGACGAACCGCUGUUUCGCCACUCGUACAUGCAGCUCCUAGCCGAUUUCCCUGUUGUCUCGCAGCAGCUCAAGCUCGACGGUUUGGGCUUCACGCCGCACUGCCUCCGCCACGGAAGUGCAGCCCGCGACCGCGCGGAGGGCAGUCGAUCGCUGCUGGAGGUACAACGGAGGGAGAUGUGGCGCGCCGCCUCGUGA